AUGCAGGAUUUGUUUGAAGACCUCCGGUCGCUGGCGCGGCGCGGCUCGCCGCAGGUCGCCGCGCAGAUGCAUGCGUGGCCGCUGCAGAAGAAGUUCUUGACGCGCCGUGGCCUCGCGCUUGCCGUGGCGGACGCGGAGGACGAGUCCGACGACGACGCAGUGAGCGCCGCGGAGGCGGAGCCGCAGUUUAUGGCGGACUACUUUGAGAAAAUUCACGUCCUCAAGAAGGCGCUGCAGGAGAUCUCGAAGAACCUCGAAAAAAUGAAGACCCUCAAGGACGAGGUCAUCGUCGCCAGCAACCCCGACGAAGAGCGAGACGCCUCGCAUCUGCUCAACAAGCUGCUGGACGCCACGAUGGCAAUCAUAAAAAAGACAAAGCACGCGCUGCAGGUGAUCAAGGACGAAAACACGCUCUUCAACCGGACCUACCCCGAGAAAAUCAGCGAAGGCAGAAUUCGCGUGAAUAUGCACCAAAUCGUCGCGCGCCACCUCCAGCAGAUCACUGUCGAGUGUCAACAAGCCGAAACCGAGUAUAAGGCGGUCAUUAAAAAACGCAUCUGCCGACAAGUCAAAAUCGUGUAUCCCGAGGCGUCUGCGGACGAGGUUGAGCAGCUCGUGGAGUCCGGAGAUCUCUCAGCUGCGACGGCCGUGAAGAUGCGCAUCACCGGGACGCAUCAGUCGCUCCGCAACGCAGUCGCCGAUCUCCAGGAUAAAUACCGGGAUAUUCUUCGUCUCGAGCAAAGCGUCGCGGAGCUGCAUCAGAUGUUCGUUGAGUUAGCGUUUCUGGUUGAGCAGCAAGGCGAGUUGUUAGACCAGAUUCAGUAUAAUGUGACGCAGGCGAAGGACUACACUGCCCAGGCGGAGCAGGACUUACUUCAGGCAAGGAAAAACCAGAAAUCAGCCAAACAGCGCAUGUGCUGGCUGAGCGUGUGCAUCCUCGUUCUCAUUAUCAUUGUACUCGUUCCAGUCGUUCUGACCCUGGUCAAGUGA